AUGGACCUUCAGAUUAUAUUUAUGGCCCAUUUAUUUGCGAAAUGGCCCAUCAAAAAUGUUGACAGUUGCGCCAUAGUCCCAUUGACCAUUUUGGCCUUCCCAAUCACUGGGCCUCCAUCUCAAAGGACCUUUAUUUCGACCCCUCAGGAUAAUGAAAAUGUAGGGCAUUGUGAAACAGAAGAUGAACAUAGUAAGAUAAAUAAGGCUUAUGCAGAAGAGAUACUGCUUAGUGUAUGGGGCAAAGUACAAAUAGAUGGUGAAAAAAACUCCACAACCGAAGAAAUAUUUGAAGACCUUUCACUAACUCAGGAACUGUAUGAAGAAGCCCAAAACAUUUUAUCAACAAGGAGGACAGUCUUUCUAGAGCGCAAUCCAAAUGAGAUGUGGACAAACCAAUAUAACCGAUGUCUCCUAAAAUGCUGGGAUGCUAACAUGGAUAUACAAUUUGUUCUAGAUCCGUUCAGCUGCAUUGUAUAUAUUGUUUCAUAUAUUUCUAAGGCAGAAAGGGAAAUGGGAAUGCUACUGAAACAAACAAAGUUAGAGGCAGAGGAGGGGAAUUUUGAUGCUCGACAAACAAUGAAAAAAAUAGGCUCUGCUUAUCUAAAUCACAGAGAAGUUAGUGCCCAGGAAGCGGUAUAUAGAGUGUGCAACUUAAAGAUGAAAGAGUGUUCACGAAAAGUUGCUUUUGUUCCUGUAGGUGACAAUCCUGUACGGUUAUCUAAGCCAUUGUCUCAGCUGAAAAAUAAAACUAAAAAAGACGUUGAAAUAAUUGAUGAUGACGAUGAUGACGAAGAUGACAUUUGGAUGACAAAUAUUCUAGAGCGUUAUGAAAAUCGUCCAGAUAAGUCAGAGUUUCAUGCCAUGUGCCUUGCAGAGUUUUGCUCUGAAUUCAGGGUUCUUGCUAAAUCUCAGGUACCAAAAAAUAUGAACAACAAUGUUUUUGAACUACAGAACGAGAAAGGUUAUGUUCAGCGUAGAACAAGAACGAAAGCUGCGGUAAUACGGUAUCCAAGAUUUAAUGCAGAAAAAACACCCGAAAAGUAUUAUCAGUCUCUUCUGCAACUUUUUCUUCCAUAUUGGACAGAAAUGCAGCUAAAACCACCAGGGUUUGAUUUGUUUAAGGAUUUCUACGAAACAGGUCAUGUGAAAAUAGUAGGAAAAAAAUCCUUACAAUCAGUGAAGUCGAUUGUGGACACUAAUCAUUCUUGUUUUGCAAAAAAUGAAGAUAUCAUUGACAGAGCCCAAGAGGCCUACGAAAUGAAUGGUGAUCCAGAGGAUGCAUGGUCACGUUUAUGUCCAGAAACUGAGGUGUUAAGAGGAGAAGGAUUAGCAAAGAGAAAAGAAAACCCAGUACCACAGGAGGAAGAUGUUGACCGUAUACCUGAAAUGGAAACGGACACACAUAAUGCAGAUGUGCUAUAUCAAGUUCAACAAAGUGUUUCCUCCACGGAUGAGGCUAUUUCUGUACUCCGAAAUCUGAAUGAAAUGCAACGUAAAAUAUUUUACUUUGUGCGUGACUGGUGUUCAGCAAAAGUUCAAGGAGAAAAUUGUGAACCUUUCCAUUUGUUUGUUACGGGUGGUGCAGGAACGGGAAAAAGCCAUCUGAUUAAGGCAAUUCAUUAUGAAUCGUCCCGGUUGCUUUCUAAAUUGAAGUCUGAACCAGAAAGGGUGCCAGUACUUCUUUCAGCAUUCACAGGAACUGCUGCUUUCAACAUUGGGGGUAAUACACUUCAUCACUUAUUUGCAUUAACAAAAUUUCUCCCCAUACCGUAUGAACCACUAAGAGAACAGAGUCUUAGUGAAAUGAGAGCAAAGAUUGGGGACCUUCAAAUUCUGGUGAUUGAUGAAAUAUCAAUGGUUUACAAAAGGUUGCUGUAUUACAUACAUGAAAGGUUGGUACAGAUCAAGAAAUGUAAAAAACCAUUUGGAGGUGUUAGUGUUAUAGCAGUUGGGGAUUUUUACCAGCUCCCUCCAGUAAAACAGCGGAAAGACGAGAGACUUUACAAGGAAAAUAUGGUUUAUCCUCAAGACUACUGGCUUGACCUCUUCCAAAUCGCUGAACUGAAAGAAAUAAUGAGACAAAAGGAAGAUCUGUCAUUCGCAAAGAUUUUGAAUUCUCUUCGUGUAAGACUGUUAGAUGAGCCAUUGACUCAAGAUCAGAAUGAUAUGUUAGAUGACUGUGUCAGAGAUGGACCAGAGGAUGCUCUACAUGUGUUUUCUACCAACGAAGAAGUUAACACCUAUAAUUUGUCAAUGUUGAGGAAAUCCUGUGAUAACCUAUUGGAAAUUGAUGCCAAAGAUUAUCAGAAGGACAAAACGUCUGGAAGACUUACACUGAAAACAAACCCUAUCACAAAAUCAAAAAGUGAUGGCCUUCCAAGCUCCUUAGUUUUGUCCGUCAAUGCAAGAGUCAUGCUUACAAGGAACUGUAACGUAGAAGAUGGACUUGUAAAUGGAGUGAUGGGAUACAUAUCUCAGUUUGUUUUUCAAAAAGAUAGUGCUACAGAAAUAAAGGCUGUUGAGGUUAUAUUUGAUAACCAAGAAGUUGGAAAGAAAACAGGCAAAAAUACAAGAGGUGGAAACAUGGUUCUGAUAGAAAGAGUUGAGGAGGAACUAAAGGAAAGGACGAAAACAAUCAUUAGACAUCAGUUUCCAUUAAGACUUUCUUGGGCGUGUACUGCUCACAAGGUACAGGGGAUGACAACAGACAGAGUAGUGGUGAACUUAGAUAAAGUGUUUGGUGCUGGUCAGGCAUACGUUGCUUUAUCAAGGGUAACAUCAAAAGAGGGUUUAUUUAUUGAAACAGAAGACCCAAACCUGUUAAGGAAAAAGAUUUAUGCCGAUUCAGAAAUAAAAACAGCAACAGUUGAAAUGCCAAAAGUUUGUUUUCGUGAAAUAUUUGAAACUGAUGCUUCGGAUGGGAAGAAAAUAGUUUUACACAACAUUCAAAGCUUAAGAAAACAUUUUCAAGACCUGAAAAAUGACAAACGAUUCACGGAAGCAGAUAUUAUUUGUUUGACAGAAACAUGGUUAAGGCAUGAAGAGAAUACAAUACAAUUUGAUAUUGAAGGUUUUCAGUUCAAUCACCUUCCUCGGGGAGAGGCAUAUGACGAGAAAAAUGUCAUGAACCAGAGGUUACACCUGUCAAAAGGAGGAGGAGUGGGGUUGUAUCUAAAAGAUGAGAUGGAUUGUUAUCAUAUUAUAGCACUAUCUGGGAUGAAUAUUGAAGCAAUGGCUGUACAAUUAUUGAAUGAAAAUAUCAUUCUUGUGACAGUGUAUCGCCCAUCUUUGCUAAAUGUGGAUGUCUUCCUGAAAAAUUUACAAAGACUCUUGGAUUUCAUAUGGACAAUUUCUCCAGAGUGUAUUGUGAUAGGAGACUUCAAUGAGGAUGCUAAACUGAAUGGCCCAAUUCAAAGAUUCAUGAAGGAUAAACAGUUCAGACAGCUUGUAUCUUUUAACACAACUGAAGGGGGAACCAUUUUAGACCAUGUAUAUGUAUCCAGUGCAUUACACAUUGAAGUCUUUCACAUGCCAACAUACCACAGCUACCAUGAGGCUGUGCUCUUGAUAUUUUCAGAUGGGUAG